CAGAGCCCAAGUCAACGCGUUUAUAAAUGCGGCGGACAUCGUAGAAUUAACCGAAGAUAUCUUAAAGGAUAUUCUAGAGGGAUUCGACGAUCCUCGGUAUGACAUAGAAAGUGUAAAUGACGACAACGCGGACGAGGUGGACGAAGCAGAAGCAAUCUCGGACAUUGAGCAUCAUCUAUAUUGUGGAGAAGAGAUUGUGUCUUAUCUGUGGAGUAAAAUCGAGGUUAAACGAAUGCUGCAUCAUCUGAAAGAAAAGGGAAUGUCCUCCUUUAUCAUGGAAUAUGUGGUCAUGCGUGCUAUUCCCGUUUUCCAGCUUCUGGUGGCGUUCGGGAUAUUGCUUUGCGACGAGCUUCAGAGCAAGCAGCCGGCGACCCUUCUGUAUUUCCUACGAGUUGCCCUUUCUCGGGAGCUUCAGAUGCGCGAGAAGGUUCCCCAAUACAAUACCAUAGAUGAUGCUGUCAACUUGAUCAAAGUUUCAAAACGUAUAUUGAUCCUUACUGGUGCAGGCAUUAGUGUUUCAUGUGGCAUCCCCGACUUCCGAUCAGAAAAUGGACUGUAUGCUAAUUUGAAGGAUAGAGGAGAGUAUGAGUUGGACGAUCCACAGCAGAUGUUCGAUAUACAGUAUUUCAAAGAAAAUCCUUCUGUAUUUUUUUCUUUUGCUAAACAAAUAUACCCCUCAAAUUUUACCCCUUCUCCUUGUCACCGGUUCAUCAAACUAAUCGAGGACAAGGGCAAGCUUUUGCGUAACUACACGCAGAACAUUGACACCUUGGAAACUCUCGCCGGUGUCCGCAAUGUCCUUCAAUGUCACGGCUCUUUCGCGACAGCCUCAUGCCUCCACUGCCGCAUGCGCAUGCCGGGCAGCGAGAUCGAGACGGAGAUCAUGAAUGGCGAGGUCCCGCAGUGCAAGCAAUGCAGCAACCUGUCCAGCGCACAAAAGAAGCCCGAGCGGUCUCGCAAACGGAAAGGUGGAAAACGCCACGACUACGAGGACGACUCAGACGAAGAGCAGUCUGGCUUUCCACCGUGGAUUAUCAAGCCCGAUAUCACGUUUUUUGGUGAGAAACUCACAGACGCGUUUGACGAUGCUCUGCACGUGGACAGGGGAGAGGUUGACCUGAUCCUCGUCAUUGGCACAUCACUCAAGGUAUCUCCUGUGUCAGAGAUCCUGACAAACAUGCCACACUCUGUGCCCCAGAUCCUUAUCAACAAAACUCCUGUAAAACACAUCAACCCGGACAUCAUUCUCCUCGGUAAUGCGGACCCCAUCAUUCAAUAUAUCUGCGACUGUUUGCAGUGGACGCUGCCGCCCGUCACUCAGCGUAACGAUGCGGUCGUUCCCGACACAGUGCACGUCCGGAGCUUCCUACAGCCCGCCAUCACACCUUCAAAUGACAGGAAACGGCCAUUGGAAGACCCAUCAAUACUCGCUCCACAGCCACAGCGCGUAGGAAACAGCCACAUUUGGUUGUUCGAAGGCGCGGAAGGCGGGAAAUGGCUUGAAACCCGCCAGGCUGAGGAGGCGGAGAGGAAACCUCAAGAGUCCCUCCCUUGGUCGCCGACAGAGUCGCCAUCCACAACUACGUCUCCGCCUGCCGAUGUACCCCGUGAAGCGAAGAAACCUCGCGUAGCGUGAAGAGGGGUACAUCAACGGGUGUACAUGCUCAACGGCGCAGGCGCAGACGGAAGGCGUUCUUGGACGCGCGGGAUUGAGGGUCAAGGUAGUCUUCAUAAAAACCGACAAUGAACUCCUCGGCCUUGAACCCGAAUCGGUUAUACAAGAGCUGUGGAGGGUGCCACGCGUGUUUCAGUUAGGCAUGCGUCACUCUGGUACAGCAGAAAGCAGGGAUGACGCACCAUUGCAGGGCUAUUGGCUGAGACGUGCAGCGUUAGAUCUUUGUGUGGAUUCCGCGUAAUGAGGUGGUAGAGCAUCGAUCUAGAUUCGUUAGGAAUAAGUAGGUGGUUAAUGCGUAUCAUUUCCGUUAAUUU